GCGGGCUGAGCCGCGCGGCGGGCGAGCCGGCGGGUCCGGCGGCGCCAUGAAGGAGCCGGCGGGUGAGGAGGAGGUGCUGCGGGACUACCUGGCCUACUACGCGGCCCGGGGGGCGGAGGGCGAGCUGGCGGCGUGCGAUGAGGCCUCCCUGAAGACGAGGGCGCGACGGCUGCUGGGCCCGCAGCGGCGCGGCGGCCUGGACGUGCGCGGCGUGGCGGAGCGGUGCCGGCGGGCCCGCGGGCAGCGGGGCGGCAGCGUCCUGCGGGACCUGCUGAAGGCGCUGGAGGUGCUGGAGCUGCUCUGCGUCAACCUGCUGCUCUCCCCGUGGCGAAAGGAGAUCAGGUCGCUGAAGACAUUCACCGGUAAUUUUGUCUACUAUAUUCAAUCUGUGCUCCCAGAUGACAUUGUAAAAACAGUACUGGAAAAAAUAGGUUACAUUGCAACAACAGCAACAGAGUUUUCACUUGUCAAAAAGAGAAACAAUGAGGAAACAAAGCAGACUGCAUUUGAAAUAUUCCUGGCAAGAAUUGAGUGUGAAACCAUCCUCGAAAUGACAAAUGAAGAAGAACGUGGCAAUUUGGAGGAGACCCUACAGAAGAGAACACAAAUGCACUGGCAUCACGGAGAUAAGGACAAAGAGGAUCAAACACCCCAGAGAGAAGACGCUGAAAAUCCAGAAAAUAAAGAAAGCAGUGAGACGUCUUUGUGCCUUGCUAUUCAAGAGAAGUCUUCAACUAAUAGCAAUAUAGCCUUUGAAGCUGCUGGGAACCUGAAGCUCAAAGAUGAGUUGCUUCAGUUAGCAGUCACUCAAUCCGCUAACAGGCUUCAGGAACACCAAAGGCAAGUCAUUAACACUGUACAUUUCCCGGGCAAAUGCUCAGACAGCGAGGACUUCUUGAUCAAAUAUAGUGACAUUGUCAUAAGACAAACACCUAUUUUCAGUGAGAAUCUUUCUCCAAAAGCUUUUGAAAAAAAGCCAAGAGCCAGUCUCAGUGAAGAAUGUGUCUUGGCAGUCACUGCAGAGGCAACUGCAAAUGAGAUCAGGCCUGUGCCACUCUCACCAGGAGCAAGCGGUCCGCCAGCCUUUGCAGUAUUUGCUGACAGCUCUUGUGACAGCAAAAAUGCUUUGGCAUACAAAGCUCAAGAAGUCCACGAAGGAUCAAUUGAAGCAGAAAUUAACGAUGCCAUAAACUGCGUAGACCCGGACCCUGCAGAUGAACCCACUGAGCUGAAGUCUCUGCCGUACAAGGACAUCACAUCUGUCCAAAACUGCAGUGUCCCUAGGGACGAGGAAGUUUGUGAGCUGUCUUUAACCUUCACAAAACUACAAAUCAAGGACACUCGGGAAGACCUCACGUACCCAGUAGAGGAAACUGGCCAAGCUGAGUCAGUAUCAUAUGCAAGUCCAAGUGACAGGCAUGUAAGAGAGUUUAAUCACUCCAAAAUAAAACACACAUAUCUGACUAAUGCUCAGAUGCAGAACAGAGCAGCUGCACAUAUUGAGCCAUCUUCAGAUCCAUGCUGUACUGCUGGGAACGUGGAGGAUUCCACUACUGGUUCGGAUAGCAAGAGACUAUUAAUGGAUACUCCUAAUGCACAUACAGCCUCCGAGUGCUUCAGACACAUCCGAGAGCCCCCUAACCUCACCUACAUCCCACCGCAAAGUAUUGAUGUUCGGUCUUCACGCGUAAGGAGGACCAGCGUCCAGAGCAGAAGGAACCUCUUGCAGCCUGAACGUGACUCUUCCGAAUCCGGUGAAGUAAAGCCGGAGAACUGUAAUUCAAAAGUAAAUGAAAUCCAGGAGCCUUAUGUCAUUAUUGACAAAGCUGACCAAGGAAUGUUAUGCCAUCACACUUGAUUCUAGCAGUACUUUAUUUAUAAUCUGCCUGUGUUUUUUCCUCUCACUUAUGGCCUUGAUCAUCUUUUCAAGGGAAUUUUUAGCUUUGUCAAAACAGGUUUUUUAAAAAAACAAAACACCACAUUUUUGGACAGUAAAGAAGGGGAGUAGUUGAGGAAAUUCUUAAUGGCCCCUUUCAUCUGGAACAUUUGGCACUGAAACCGGAAUGGUCACCUUUCUGAAGAAAGCACAGGCAACUUCCAUAAAUUUAAAUACUUUUAAUUCAUUAGCCAGAUUCCUUCUGGCUGUAUUUAAUGCCAGACAGGUUUCUUCAGUUAAGCAUACUUCUACUUUUUUUCCUUUUUCUUUUUUUUUUUUUUUUCUUUUUUGCUUUACAGACCUAUUCCUGGAGUAUUCUUCAAGUAUAGCAUGCUGUACAAUGAGAGAAACAGGUAAAUGUCUCUAAACUGGAAAAGCCAACUUUAUAACUUUACAAAUGCUAUACUGGAGCAUACUUCUAUUACCCAUGAGGCUGUGCUCUGAACUAAUCUUGCCCUUGCUUUCAGCUGAAAAUAAGUUUAGAAAGUUUGAUAACCUUCCUUUAGGUUUAAAGGAGACAGCCCUGUGAACACUUAGUUUUAUUUUUGCAUUAGGAGUUUAGCUCUUAUAGAGGCAAUAACCUGUAUUACAGGUUUUAUAUCUGUCUCCGCUUCUUACUAAAUUUUUUUUGUGGCUACCACCACAAAUUUCAAGAGAAGCCCUGAGCGUCGUAAUCGUUCAGUGCCACCAGAAGAGGGAGAUCCAGCCACUGCUGUGCCAUUUCCCUUGUCUCUGUUCCUGCUGCUUGACUGCACUGGCCCUGCAGCUCACUGGACUUUUCCGUACCAAUGAAGGGACCAAAGUGCCAUUCUCUGCCAUUUUAGUGGCAGAUGAGAGAAGGGUCCCAGUGAGCAUCAGAGCCAGGCUAAGGGCUACGCUGUAGGUGGGAGUGAUGUGAGAAAAGCUUUGUGCUGAGAAGGAAAGGGAGCAGGCUUGUUAGCUGGAGUCCCAGCAUUGAGAACCUCUGUCAUACGCAACAUUUAAUUAGAUCUAGGAAAGCACACAGUCACUGGUACUGUAUUUCAGCACAGUCUUCGAUGCUUCUUUAUACACUUGUUGCCUAGAAAGACAGUUUAAUAUCGUUUCAAGUAACUUUUCCAGCAGCACUUCAAUGCUAAGAAUGUUUCGUUUCACGUAUAGUUAAAAUAUUAGCUGAAAUUAAUUUAGUAUAAAUUGUUUACAAUUGACUUUUAUCCCCCGAAAAUUCAGAGAGGAGCAAAUGGAUUACACUAGAAAAACCUCCAGAGCUAAAAUGUAAAGAUCUGCUUUGUGAACAGCUAAUUGACAUCCUGUCAUCACCUGAUCCCAGCAGUGUAGGAGUAAAACUUUGCCCAAGCUAACACCAAGUGACAGGGCUGCCUUCAGCUUUGGGGAAUGGGAGGGAGAAACAGAUAAUGUAAACAUUAAUUAAAUUAAUGUAAAAUUAAUACUUUCUUAAUAGCAGUCCCUGGGGUCAUGUGCUGGGCUUUAUGGCUGAAAUUUGGUAAUAUGCCAGUGUUUGGGCUAUUGCUGAGCAGUGCUUCCGCAGUGUCAUAGCCUUCUCUUUUCUUAACUAGCCCCUCACUCCCAAUGAGUAACUGGGAGAGGACACAGCUAGGACAGCGGACCUGAACUGGCCAAGGGAUAUACCCUACCAUGGAACAUCACACCUGGCAAUAAAACUGGGGAAGCAGAAGGUGGUGGGGUUUUUUUUGCCUACCAAGGUAGCCAUUGCUCAGAGACUGGCUGCUUGUGGUGGUGAGUUACUGCCAUUGCAUUGUUUGGGGUUUUUCCCCCCCCUCUUUCCUUCACUUACUAAACCUCUGUCUCAACCCAAAAGCUCUCUUGAUUUUGCUCUUGCUAUUCUCCCCGUCCUGCUGGGGAAGAGAGGAGCAAGCCGUUGCACUGGUGCCUUGCUGCUGGCUGGGUCACCCCACCACAACCUCCAUGCUCGUCUUUCGAGUACCUCUCUGUUCUGCCUGAUCAUUUGGGGUUUUAUAAGCUGUAUUUUCCCCCUGUGGGGGUUAUUAAAAUUAUGUGGUUUAAUUCUCAUAUUGUCUCAAUUAUUCAUGAACUCUAAUUUUAAACUGUGAAAACCCCUUCUCAUCACAAAUGAAAGUGUCUCCUAAGUAUUUAGAUGACCACCAGUAGUACAGGAUUCAUGUACCUAACAUCCCAUUUUUAUCUUUACUGUAGCCAUAUGAGAAAAAGUAUUUAACAGCAAACCAAAGAUUACCACUUGAAAAGACACCACCUUGGGUACCUGACUCCAUUAAUGCCAUACUGCAGGCCUUCAUUAAACUUGUUCAGUUAACAUCUACUGUGUCUUACGUCUUUACUAAAAUUCCCCUGAUGGGCCUGUGCACAAUUGCUUCUGUCUUUGUGGUACCUGGCACACAGGAGACAGAUGUUCACUUUGCCCCAUUGUGAGCAGUUUUGGACCAGCAUCAUCCCUGUCCAGGAGCUUAUGAACAACCUCACAUGGGGAAAACAAAAUAUACAGCGUUUCUUUCAGAAGAGAGGAAGCACAGCCCAGACCUGCCGACAGUGCACCACAGUCCCCAGCUCCACCAAGUCACAGGAACGCUGUUGGAGAUAGUAAUGAUGAACAACGCCCACCAAACAAACAGUAAAAGUGCACAAAAAUUAUUAAAUGUAAAAUGUUCUGAGAAUCUACUUUUUGUUAAUGUUUGAGUACCUGAAUUGAGGAAGAAUCUCCUCCUUAUGGCAGACUGGCUAGGACUGGCAAGUGUUCUGACUUUGCAGGGAGAGCUAGUGUGCGCUUCUUGUGCAAGUCUUCUGCAAGUCUUCUGGAUAUUUUCAUCUGAGUUUCUUAUUGAUGCAAGAACACCUUUAACUUCUCUUCCUGCACAAAUGGUAAGCUUUUGAGGCCUUGUACUAGAACCUACUUUCGUAUUUGCAAAUUUCUGGGGUCUCAAGAAACAACUGCUUUACAGUUAAAGAUGCUUGUGAAGAGGCAAGAUUUGAAAACCAGCUGAAAUAAAAGAUAAGUCAUAUUUAAUAGGCCUUUGGCAGCAGUCCUUUGUGCAGCUGCUUCCGUGUGAGUAAGGUAGAACUGGGUUUUAAAAUCCUAGUUGUAAAUACAGUCAGACCUGAGAAAAGGGACCGUAAGAUUUCUGCCCCCAUCUGCCAGUGCUCUCCUGUCCCAUUGGCAGUAACCACCACACCUCUCCUUGGCUAAUUAACUGAAAUAAGAGCAACCACUGGCUAGCCAGCAAGAGGGCUGCCGGGCCCCUUUCUAAAGGAAGGUGAAUGGUGUUUGUAAAUGCGUGCCUACCCUCUGGUGAGCUGUCAGCUUUAAUUGUGCCACAGCUGGUCCCAAUUGCCAGUGAAGGGAAUGGGGAUUUACGGACUGAUUGUCUGCCGUUCCAUCACAGAGACACGAAGCUGGUUCUGUGCCCAAAUUUAUAUGCUACACACAACCCCUGGGAACGGCUCAGCUCUCCCAAGCCUUGGAUUGGGGAAAUUCUCUUUUGAUCAGUGCAGAUAGAGCCCCGGCAGCAGAGUGAUACUCCCCCGCACCACCUCUCCCUGCUGGGGCUCUGGCAAGAGUCGGUUCCCCCCACUUAAUAUCUGUGUCACACACACCCCCGUGCCCUGGCUGCAGUCAAGGGGUUCAAGGAGCACAGCUUCGGUUUAGAACAAGCUGUUGUUUUUAAAGCCAAGAAUGAAAACCAAAUGUCAGUGUUAAAACACCAAAAAAAACCCAAUCACCACACGACUGGAAAGCAUGCAAACACUAAAUUAAUAAAAAAUAUUACGAUUUGCUUCAGAAUUCUAAAUGAGGGUCUUAAAAACAACAAUUCCCUGAGACAGACACAAAGCAUACCUGAGAGCGACUGGCAAGGGCUUGUGAAGCGCUGAUGAAGACAAACAUCAUUCAGAGCUGUCUCAACGCAAAAAGACAAUUUCUGAAACACUGCUUUAUCAUUUUUUACCUUACUUGUACCCAACACUGGGAAAGCGACCACCACUAACCCACCACCACAGCUAAAGGUCCCACCCAUUGCAAACUAAUCAGCCCAGCUCUCUGAGAUAGACGACUGAAUCCCACACGGCUCCUUUUCACAGCAUCCAAUUGGAAAAAGCUGAAAUUUGGGACUGGGAUGGAAUCCAGUGACACCUGCAGAGCAGCGCACUCACAGUGGAAGUCCUAACAGCUCCGUACUUUGUGGUGUAUCCCAGGGAGGAGUCUGUCUCUGGUACCAGGCAGAGGGCUCAGGUGCAGCAGAGGAUCCAACUCAAAGCGGCCUGGCAUUAAAUCAAGUCAUAUGUGUGCGAGACACGGAUAACAGACACAGCCCUGCUGCUCUGUCACCCCUUAUCCAACCUCCGUAUCUGUUCAGACAGACAUCGCUCCCGCAGCUGUAUGCUUACACAGCACUCAGCAAAAUGCUGCCCUGUCCUGAUAGAGCACAAAUAAUUAUCACAUGCCAGCCUCUUAAAAAAAUUAUAAAUGAUCCAUUAAAAAAUUGAUCUGGACUACACAGAAGACUACAUUUCUCUUAUGUAGGAAUUAAUCUACCAACUGCUAGUUUUCGUUCUGAAACUAAACUUUUUGUUUUCAAAAAAAGCUCGCGCCUUUCUGUCAGCCCCAUCAAACACUGGUGGGAAAAAAAACCACCACCAUCAAUUCUCUCCUGACUUUAUCCUGCUUUAGAAAUGCACAAUGUUUACUUAAACCCCCACAGACUACAGGAAGGACUGGAUCCUCCAAGUCAUCAAACAGCACAGUAACUUGCCAGGAGAGCCAUUAUCCAGGAGCGGAACAAGAGAGCUCCGGGUCUGAAUCUUUUAAUAGCAACUGAUGGCAGAACAGCCAGCGCUUCCUACAGCAACUGCACUGAAGAGAGAUACUGGAUAAUUUCCUGCUGUUGGCAGCAGUUUUAUGUGCUAAUUACACUCGUGAAAACAAUUUUCAAGGUUUCUUAAGCCCUACAGUUUUGGACAGUCACUUCUGAAACGUUUAAUCGAACAAGGAAGAUUUCCCAUGCUCAAAGAAAGUACAGGAAAGGCCAGGCUAAGGGAAUGCAGCUGUUAAAUUAUUUAACUUCUGCCAGUCUUUCUAUCUUACUUGAAAUUGAUUUAUGUGCUGCUCCCAGAUGUUACUGGUUUGCUAAGACACCUUGACCAGGACAAAGUAAACAGCAAAGAAGACAUCAUCUGUUCAGGCGAAGUAUGUAACAAAGAAAAGGCAGGAGAUAAUCACUUUUCAGACAUACUGCAGUUUAGAUGUGGAACUCAUUGUGACAGAAGUCAUUAAACCCCACAAUUUUUACUCAUCUAUUCCCACAAUAUACUCCAGAACAGGCAAAAUGUAUGCAAAACCAGUUUUGUAUGGUUCAGUCUACAAGUAUAGGCUACAUCCAACUUAUGGACCAAAUCUUAAAAGCCAAGAGAAGUGGCAGCUUGUUUAUAAAUCCAUUCCCCUGGUGCUGAUGUUCAAUCUGCCUGCAGAUUCCUAUGGUAUUUUGCAACUUGCUCCCCAAUCAAUGCUUCUUAGACAGUCAAAAAAGAAACAAAACAUGUAUCAGACUAAUGCUGAUUGCCUUUUUUCCCCUCCCCUCAGCAACUGAAAGAUCUCAAGAAACAAAAGCAAAUUCCAGGCUUAAAAACAGCUAUUUAUGAUUACUGCAGUAUUUUUAUCUACACAUCUACAGCAGACUGCAAACAUUUUACAUUUAUGACACAUAACAAGCAACCUGUUUGGUUUUGUUCACAGUUUUCAUUAAAAACCCAACCUUCCUGUGUAUGAAAAGCUAAACAGGAAAACUAACAGAUAGCAAAACAUAAAAUAAACAUGCUCUCUGUAGCCAUCGCGUCUGUAAUUUUUAAUAAAUAAGUUAUAUAAAUAUUCCUUUAUAUUCCAUUAUAAUUACGAAUAUCAGUAACCUCCAUCCAAACUACUGUUUUGAUAUAAUAAAGGGGGGGGGGGGGGGGAGAGAGGGGGGGAAUCUGACCAAAAAGCAUAAAUUUCUUUCAAAAACUGAAAGAUAACAGUGAGAUUCUCUGCACUGUAAGAUCCUCUGUACAAAACAUUAAGUGACAUUUUCUGGACUGUGUGCAAAAUAUACACCCUUGGCUUCUACAACCCAUAAUGAAAUUAUAAUUA